UGCUGUUUUUUGUGCUCUGAAAUGUUUUGGACAUGGUGCUUUUUACUGCACUAGGGGGCAGCAGACUGUUAGCUUUGCCUCCUGCCCAGAACAGCAGUCACAUGACCUACAGGCCUGGGAGAAUCAGUCAUCUAAAUAUUUUCAGUAUCAGACUCCUCAGAUGUUGUCUUUACUCAGCAAAUCCACAAGCUGUGUGAGAGCGGCCUAAUGUCUGGUGAAGCAUUAAGCUUUGGGAGCAGAAGCAGCAGCAGCAGCUGGACACACGAGAGGGUCUUAAAUGAGAUUGAAACCAGCCUGCUGGAAUGCAAAGUGUGUUUUGAGAAAUACAGCCAGCAACAGAAAAAGCGCAGGCCAAGGAAUCUGUCAUGUGGCCAUGUGAUGUGCUGGAAAUGUAUCUCCUGCCUCACCGACCCCCACUAUCAGCGUCUAGAGUGCCCCUUCUGCCGCAAGAUCUGCAGUUCCUCAGAGACAUCGGAUUGCCUGCCUUUGAUGCACAUAAGUGAACUUCUCUCCCCAGCUUGGGAGCUAGCCAGUGGGACAAGAAAUGAAGCACUGGGACUGACAUCCACUGGAGUGAAGUUCCAUGUUGCUUUUGGUGGCUGGGGGAACUUGAUCAACCCUACCGGUGUUGCAUUUUUCAGAAAAUCUGGAGCACUGGUGGUGGUACAUGAUGGCAAGAAGCGUGUCAGCAUUUUUAACCCAAAGGGGAAGUACCUGCACGGGUUUGGUACAAAAGAGGACUGUCCGACAGAUGUCUGCUAUCCCCUAAAUGUGGCAGUCACGCUUGAUGGGUACAUUGUGAUUACUGAUGCUGGUGACUGCUCUGUGAAAGUUUUUAAUUCCAGAGGAAGGAACUCCGUUACCAUCAGAGAAUCUUUUCAGUUACCUUGGGGCGUGGACACAGACUGUCAGAACCAAAUCUUAGUGACAGAUUCUGAGGCUGGGACACUUUCCCAACUGGAGGUCGAUUUUUCUAAGGACAUUUUGGUCAGUAACAUUGUGGCCACUUCUAACCUUUGCUGCCCAAGAGAAAUAGCAGUUUCCAAAUCCACCGGGUCUGUCAUUGUUGUAGAGCAUUUGAGAGACCAAAAAGCUAGAAGCUUUACUGGCACCAGGCUCAAAAUGUUUGACAGCAAACUGCAACUGAUGUGCCAAAUAGAUAGCUUUGGCUUUAGUUUAAUUUGUCCUAUUCAGCUGUGUGUUUCUGGCGUGGCUUUUGACAAAGAAGGGAAUGUCUUAGUUGCUGAUGGCAAUCACAAGGUUGUACUUUGCUUAGGGAAAGUGAUGGAAUCACCCUCAUUAAGACCAAUCAUAAGCCAGGGUCUUGUAUGCCCUGUGGGACUGGCUUGCACAGCAGAUAACACGCUGAUUGUAUUAGACAGUGGUGACCAUGCUGUUAAAAUUUACACUGUCUGUUGAAGACAAAUGUGACCUACUUACUUGAAUGGAGAUUAUGGAAACUGUAACAUAUGGGGGGGGGGGGGGAGUUAUUGCCUCAGCUUAAGUUACAGUUCUGAAUACGAAUAUGGUAUUUUCUGUGUAACUCUGUUUUCCAUUGUGAGUAUGUUGAAGGUCAUGUUUGUAAUGUUUUAUUAUCAAAUAUGGGAUUUUUUUGUUCAAUUAAAAUCUUAAUGAAAACUGUUUUAAUAAGAACUUUAUCUGCUACAUGCUGUAUGUUUGGCAGUUAUCACUGGAGACUGCCUUGGUGAACACUGUUACUUAUAAAGUGUUGACACAGCAGCCAUGUG